GCGAUCAGCAGGCCGGCGACGAGUGUACCGUUCGUUCACUCAUCACCGUUACUCCCGUCUGUCCGUGUGUGUUGUUGUGGCAGCGUCGACCGGUGCUUGGCGUUUCUCUGGCGGUCGGCGAAAAUGGCCCUGAAGAAGAAGACCUCGACGAAAAACCCACCCAUCCUGAGCCACGAAUUCGUGAUUCAGAACCAUGGCGACAUCGUGUCCUGCGUGGCGAUGCUCUUCGUCGUCGGGCUGAUGGUGCAGGUUACGUCGCCUCUGGCCUACAUGUUCAUCGCCCUGCACCACAAUGUCACGAGCACGGUGCAGGACAGCGAGUACGGGGUGCCCAUCGAUGUGCUGCGCUACACGUACGGCGUCCGGGACGCCUGUGCCGUCUUCUUCUACUUCCUCAUCUGCAUCGUGAUGCACGCCAUCGUCCAAGAGUACAUUCUUGAUAAAUUCAGCAAGAAGCUGCACCUGUCCAAGUCGAAGCAGAACAAGUUCAACGAGUCGGGCCAGCUGUUGGUCUUCUACGUGAUCUCGUUCCUCUGGGCCGGCGACAUCAUGGUCAGGGAGAACCUGCUGACCAAUUUAUCGUCCCUGUGGCUCAACUACCCGCACAACACGAUGGCGUUCACCCUGAAAUUCUUCUACAUCAUCCAGAUCGCUUACUGGUUCCACUCCUACCCUGAGCUCUACUUCCAGAAGGUCAAGAGGGAGGACAUUUCCUCAAAGCUGCUUUACCCCACCCUCCACCUGGUCUUCAUUGUCGGUGCUUACCUCCUCAACUUCAACAGGGUGGGCGUGGUGCUGCUCAGUCUGCAGUACUUGGCCGAAGCCGCCUUCCACACUGCCAGACUUAUUUAUUUCUCUGAUAAGUCCGAGAGCGGUAGAAAAGGAGGCUACACGAUAGCCAACAUUGCGUUCGUAGUCAGUCGCUUGUUGACGGUGACCAUCACGGUGCUAACCUUCUGGUACGGACUCGCCCUGAGCUCUGUCGCCGCCAUCGACUUCGAGGCGGGCAACUUCAACACCGACAUCAUUCGGAUCGGCAGUCUGAGCGUGAUCUCGCUGCUCCAGGCGUGGCUCAUGUGGAACUUCUUGACCUUCUACCUCAAGUACAUGAAGGAGAAGACGUCGCAGAAGAACAAGGCCAAGCCCGUGGUCGCCAAGAAGCCCAAGGCAACCAUCCAGGACAGAAUCACCAAGGCCAAGAAGAAGAGGGAAGAGCAGAAACAAACAAAGGAAGACGACGAUCUGCCCGAGGUGGACCAGAACACGAAGAAGAACCUGCGGUCUCGGCCCGUGGCCGCGGCCGCCGCACAAAAAGCCAAGUGAAGCAGCAGCACUCGCCGUCCGACACUGGCACACGCUCUCCAUAAUGUUAUUUCCAAGCGAAGAGCUCAAAAAUUAUCACUGUACACAUGAAAACGGACUGAUCAAGUUCUCCAUCUUCACUCUUUGUUGAUGUGCUCUCUUUCUCCUGCUCCUCUUUGUUGAUAACACUUAUUAAAGAGAAUUCCUCGCGACCCUGAGAGCCGAUGUUGAUUAAUUUCUUUUCUAUUUUUAUAUGUCUUUGCGGCUAGACCAGAGCAAGUGUGCAGUUAGUAAAAUUGGACUGAAAAGCAUGCUGAAAAUUGAAAAUAUAUCUCUUUGCUCCAGAUAUAUAUUCUACGAUUCUGUUGAAUACUUGUAAAGGUUGUUGUAUAACUCGAAAAAGUGAUGGUGUCCAUUUUUGCGUGCAAGAUUUGACGUUUAUAUUUACUGUUUCUUGGAGAAAAAGUGUCAAUGGUGCAUGAUGAUUAUUUCUUUCGUCACAAACUCACAUGGUAUUUCUCCAUUGUGGAAUAAAAUGUCCUGGAAAUCGAAA